AUGUCUGGUUCUGUCAAGCUUCUUGCUUCAAGUCUUGACGACAGUCAGCUCCAAGCUUUAGUCUUGGAUCUAGCAUCGCAGCUCCAUACCAAACCACAAAAUCUGACGAUUAUAUGUGAAAUAGUAUCGGAUUCGCAUCUUGAUCUUGGUCUUGAUUCAGCCGUAGCUGCUAGCAUAUGGCUCUAUAUUGAUGAUAUAUACAGCUCCGAUAACACAUCCGAUAUACUGUCGGCAAUUGAACUUUUGAAGGUGAUUCCCAGCUUUCAAAGUCGUAUAAUAGAGAAGAUAGAGCUGGAUCUUUGCAGCUUUCUUGUGGGUUCCAAAAGUCAAUUUCUUCCACAGAUAGCUAAACAGUUCAGCUACCUGAUUAGUUCUGAGAGUUACAUUCAGCUUGACUCGAUCCAAAACCGAAUUUCGUUCUUGGAAAAAUUGUUCAUUGCAUGCAAAGAUUCGCAACAUCAGUCUUACAAAAGCUUGGAUAAAUUAUUAUACUCUUUUCUUGCUAUCAACGAAGAUGAGGUUCUAGCUGCUGUGACUAGAGUUCUCAGAUGGAGAGUACAGCAUAUUUUACAAGAUGGCGAUUUCGACCAUGUGUGGAAUACCAUAUUCGAAGUGGCUGCAAAUGGCCUGACAAAUCAACUCACUGCUGCCUUCACUUUGUGGAUAAGAAGUGUUGAUUAUAUUUCUCAGGUUCAAGGUUCUGAUACCCAUCUCUUUCAAAAAUACCAAAGUGUGCUCUCAGGAGCCGAAUAUUGGAAGCUUCUUCAACUAGGUUUGUCGAGUCUUUCGCCGGAACACAGAAGAAUAUCACUUUCAAUUCUUCAGUAUUCAGUCAAACUUAUCGACUCAAGUUUCAAGAACGAGAUAAUGCUGUGGGACCAAGCUAGUCACAAGACUUAUCUUGAAGAAUGGCAGAGAUUUGUGACCCUCUACGAAGUGGUAGCUAUUGACACUUCGUUGCACCAAGCACAAGCUGGAUCUGGUGCUAUAGUCGACCUCAUCUCGCCCAAAUCCAAUGUUCAUUCUUCUUGGGGAUUGUGUCUUCUUUCAACUGGUUUCAAGGCCACCAUGGACUCUGUUCGUAAAUUUGCAUUGAACUUGACACUUUCGCUUCCUCAUGAAAAUAUGCAUCUUUUAAAAUUUGGACCCGAAUUUCUCAAACUGACUUUUUUGCCAUAUGCCAUGCUUGCUACUCACUUUGUUGUACGUAACGAAGCCGGCGACGAAUCGUGCCCUUAUGGCGAAAGGUUUGCAGCAUUCAUUACCUCAAUGGUGAAAUCCUUCAAAAGUGAACAAGAUCUUCAUCAAGUAUGUGGAAUAAUUUUGGAGGUUCUUCAGAGCCACAAGGAAGCGUUUGAUCCUGCUAGAAUAUACCUUGGCUUUGGUUUGUUACAGGGUCUUAAAGGUCCCACUUUGACCUAUGAGAAGCAUAUUGAACCAUUGAUUGAAUUAUUCGAAUGCAAUUGUGAGGGUGAUGUUUUUGAAUGUACGUCUCAAACCAUUUAUCUCCAUUUACUUUUGAAGUUCAAAUUGACGUCGCUAAAGCAGUUUGUUUCCAGUGUCGACAAGUUUGUCAAAUUCAACGGGGUUCGAGUUUUGAACAAGGAAAUGCCUCAUAUCAUAGACUACUUGAAGAAAUGUUCACUUCAAGAAGAGGACUUUGUGAGCUUGCUCGAACUGAACAUUCAAACUGAUGAGAGAGUUUUAACAUUUUCUCUUGCGGAUUUGUACUGUGAAGGUUCGUGGCCAAGACUUGAGAUUUUCCUCUCCAAACAAGAUGAUUUGUUUUUGAGUUCAUUGCUAGCUUCAAAUUUCAAGAUACCGUCGUUGGCAUUGAAGCCUGAGAUUUCCAAGCUUUUCGAGAGCAUGAUUUCGCGAGCUGAAAAAAGCAGAGACCAUCUUUUAAUUGACAAAUUAUCAGUUGUUGAAUCUCAUCGUUUGGCUGUUUUGUCUACACCUUCCAGCAUCAAAAGUUUAUUUGAUUUUCUAGAAAGUGAAGUAACUUCUCAAAAUCACUCUGUGUUGACAGGGCUGCUUAAUACGUUUCGCUUUCUAAACAAGAUCAUUCAGGGCGGAGAAUGGCCCUCCUUUUUGACGACAGAAAUACUUUAUCAGCUCAAAGGAAAUCUCUUUGUUAAUUCCCAAGAAGCCACCAAGCAAGAUACCAAUUUCUAUAAAUUGAAAGAUCAAGUCGAGGGACUUUUCAUUGAUCUUUUAUGCUUGUUUGUUGGUCAAAAGGACUUACCAGAGCCUGAUUUGUUGAGUCUUCUCGAUUUGGUUGAAGGCUCUACAAACUUGGCAAGAAACUUGUCUGUUUGUUCCUUUGUUGAAACCUGCUUGAGUAAGAACUAUACUGAACAGCUCAUUGAGGAACUCUCCAAAAAACUCGCAGACGUGUGGAGUGAAUUGGAUUCUUCAAGAUUACAGCUCAACCAGAAAGCUCUUCAGGUUUCUGUUCUCCGAAACAUGUUCAGUUCCAAAAUGCUUUUUGCAGCCAAAUCAAACUCGACCAUUUCUUCUCGUAUCCACGAGGUUGCCUUGUCGGUGAUAGCUAAUGCUCCAGGAAGAAGAACAAUACUUCCAGUUUUGACAGAAUGUUUGUAUGCUUUCAAAGUUGCGGAUACAAAGUCUUUUGAGAGUUUACCAUUUAUUCAUGAAAUCUUGGUUCUUUCGUUCACGGUAUACCAGAUUCGCUACAACGUAUUCAAGCUUGAAUCAGUUAUUGGUGGUUUUUUCGAUACAAACUUCAACUUUGAUAACGGGGGACUUUACGCUCAAACUUAUGGAGCACCAGAGAUCAGUGCUCGGGUCAAUGUCCUUGCAACAUUGGCGACUUCCUGUUCACCAGAAUUUUGCUCAAAUGUAAUUGAGUAUAUUCUUAGCCACGAAGAUACCUUGCACUUGUUCAAACCUAUCAAAGCUACUGACGGAACCGAAGAGUGGACGAGAAUACAAUUAAUGACGAUUGUGGUCGCCAUGAUAGAAAAUUCUCUAUUUGAAUCAGAAAGCACAGUGAAGAUAUUCAUGGAUAUGCUUGGAAAAGAACCAAGUCCUUUAGUUAGAGUCUACAUCGAGUGGAUCUUGGCGCUAUCCUUAAAGAACUACAAAGUGAUCUUUGAUGGAUUCUCUUCCAUAAAUGAGAGUUCAGGAAACCUGCCAGUAUUAUUCACAGCAUACGAAAGAAUCGUCUUUUUGCUGUCUCAAAAACUUGACGCUGAAGAACAAUCGAAAUUGUUGGCCCAGCUCUUACCGCAUGUCAUCAUAGGUUCUACUUCCAACAAGGCAUUGAUCAGACAUUUUUCCUUGUCACUUAUGUGCUCAAUUUACUCUGAAGUCAAAAAUAAGAACUUGAAUAUUCCAGAAGAUAUCAACACUUUGGUCUCAGAAGUGUAUGUUUCGGCCGUCAAGUCAGAAGCCUAUGGAAAGUACAGAAACGGAGAUGCUCUUCUAUGGGACAUAAAACAAGAUUUGUCGCUUGUGGGACUUUUAGGAGGAGUUCUUCUAAAGGUCAGCGACCGCCAGGUAGACUCUGUAUCUGAGAGUGUCAUAAAAGCAAAUAUGAGCUCUGAACAAAUUCUGUCACUUUCUAUUCCCGUGGGCAGCGACCAGAAGCAACUCUGGAUCUCAGAACGCAAGCACCAAGAUUCAAAACGAGACCUUGGUCACAGUUCCAUCUUCCAAGAAGUCGAAGGUCAAUCACCACUUCAAACCAAAAGUGGUGCAUGGAACGGCACUAUAGACUUGAAAGACGAAAAGGCAGUGAAGAGAAGUGACUUGAUAGUGGUUUCGUCGUUGGUUGACAAGGCUCCAAAUUUAGGAGGAAUUUGUCGUUUAUGCGAUGUUCUUGGUGCGGGACUUUUGACACUUGCUGAUAUCAGGGUGAAGAAUAGUCCUCAUUUCAAGAACGUUGCGGUCACUGCAGACCGGUGGAUGCCCAUGGAAGAAGUUCCUGUCGACCAAAUCAAAAAUUAUAUGGUCCAAAAAAAAUCUGAAGGGUAUACCCUCGUUGGUCUAGAACAGACAGACAAGUCUUUGGAACUCAAUAGUGAGCUCAAAUUCCCCAAGAAGACACUCAUGUUGCUCGGGCGUGAAAAGGAAGGGAUUCCGGGGGAUUUGCUUGCGGAAUUGGAUUUCUGUGUGGAGAUUAAACAGGUUGGAGUCAUCAGGUCGAUGAACAUCCAAACGGCCACCGCUGUGAUAGUGCAUGCUUACUCUACACAGCAUUGUUAG